GGAAAGUAGCUAAACCCGGUAGCUAACUUCAGUACGAACCGUGUAACGUUAAAGUAACACAGAGUGACAACAAAGUCUUUUUAAAGAAGAACUAUUGCUGCGGGACUGAGUUCUGGUGGUUUUAACAGCGGAGUUGCCAUGUCAGAGACAUACGAUUUCCUGUUUAAGUUCCUUGUUAUUGGCAGCGCAGGGGCUGGCAAGUCCUGCCUCCUUCACCAGUUCAUUGAGAAUAAGUUCAAACAGGACUCCAAUCACACUAUAGGCGUGGAAUUUGGCUCCAGAGUGGUAAAUGUUGGUGGGAAAACAGUCAAGCUGCAGAUUUGGGAUACGGCAGGACAGGAGCGCUUCAGGUCAGUGACUCGUAGCUACUAUCGUGGGGCAGCCGGGGCACUUCUUGUCUAUGACAUCACAAGUCGAGAGACCUACAACACUUUGACUAACUGGCUGACGGAUGCACGGACGCUGGCAAGCCCCAACAUUGUAAUCAUCUUGUGUGGAAACAAGAAAGAUUUGGAUGCUGAUCGUGAGGUCACCUUCCUGGAAGCAUCUCGUUUUGCCCAAGAAAAUGAGUUAAUGUUUUUGGAGACGAGCGCUUUAACCGGGGAGAAUGUGGAGGAGGGUUUUCUCAAAUGUGCCCGCACGAUUCUUAACAAGAUAGAGUCUGGUGAGCUGGACCCUGAGCGGAUGGGCUCCGGUAUCCAGUAUGGCGACGCGUCUCUGAGACAGCUGAGGCAGCCACGGGGUUCUACUGCACAGGCCAAGCAGCAAUGUAACUGCUAGGGACUGGAGACGCUUCUCCCACCGCACAUGACCUCUUCUGUUUCAGCUCCAGGUGUCUCUGGGUGUCCCAACUCUGAUUCCCCACACCCAGAUACAUCAGGAUCACAUUUUAUGAUGUCCAUCUACUACCUUCAACGACAGAGGUUUGGAAAUGGCCUGCUGGUUUUGAAAAUGUUUCCCUAAACAAGUGGCUGGCAGUUCCAGUAAGACUGCAAACCUGAUGGCCUGGGGGUAAAAAGGUGUUGUGAAGGGAUCUCGUAGAUUUAACCUUGAUCCUGUGAUCUCAUGUGUGUAUAUACAAACAUGCUCGCAUUGUUCAUGUUAACAGCCAACAGUUCUGUGUACUGGGACAACUGAAUCUGCAGGAAAUGAGGAUCAUGACCAUCUGUAUAACAGCUACACACACACUAGUUAUGUCUUGUUCAUAAGGUAAGAAUUUGUUACUCAACGAAUUCUUCAUUUUUUUCAACUGGUUUACGCCAGCCUAAACGAGUUAUUCUGCUUUGCACACAGACUGGAGUUCAGGCAAAGUUACACAUUUACUGUUUUCCUAAUAUAAUAGCAAUGCUCAUUAGGUGCAGUCUGUAGGUGCAGUAAAUGUAGGCUGAGCAAUUUCUCUCCCAUUGGUCCCUGUGUUGCACCUAAAGAAACUAUUUCUGGCUUUAAGCACAAAGGGCAGAUUGUUCAUACCCCACUCCAAAACCACCAGACAUUAUCUGAUUUUAAUCAAACAUUCCCUGCGAAUGACUUGUGCGGGUUAUCUCGGCUUUAUCUUUACAAUAACCUGCAUACGCCAGUUCCCUCUGCAUUUCUCACAUAUGGACUUGUUGCAUUUAUAUAAUCUAAACUAUAUUUAUUUAUGUAAAUCAAGAAGCUAGUGGGCAUAAAUAUGACUGAUUUUAUUUUUUAUUUUUACCUUUAUUGAAAGAAUCUGCUCUGACAUUUAACAUGAGCCCAAAUAUAGCACUUUUAUUAUUAAAUCGAUUCAGUAGUAAAAGGUUUGCACAAUUUCUUAUGGAUGCAUGAAAAAUCUGAAUGUUAACUUAUAUAGUACUAAAUGUUUCGGGGGAGCAUAUGAGAAAAUAACACAUUGCAGUGCUCGAAGACUCUCUGACAAAACACAGGAUCGAUAGCAAUGUUUAGUUUAAAAAUGGACAAUAAUGCUUGUCAUCAUUUUCUGGCAAAAGGUCAAAUAUAGGCAAAAUGUAUCUUAAAAUUCACAUCAACCUGAGUAGCCUUGUUGCACAGCUGAUAAAAUGUUAGUAACAGCCCCAGAGACAGGAAUCAAGGACAGUCCUUGAUUUUAAUCAGGUCUUUGUGGAGUUUUGUUUCUUCCUGUGCGUCUUUCUCCCACUCACCAAAAACAUGCCAAUAAGUCAAGAGGUUGCUUAAUUCUAGUAACUAUAUGUGGUAAUGGACUUAAACUCUAUCCAUAGUGUACCUCACUCCCAGUGUCUCCAUGACAAUCUAACAAUUGCUUAGAUACUGAAUUAAUAAAUAUGAGUUUAACCUGUUGAUUCUUCUUCUAUUAAAAUAGGCAUCAUGGUGGGGCAGCAGAUUAGUGUGAAUGUCACACAACACCAGGGUACUUGGGACCUAGGUCCAAUUCUUACAUUUACAUUUUAAGCAUUUAGCAGAUGCUUUUAUCCAAAGCGACUUACAGGUGUGACAGUAUACUGUCUAAGCAAUUGAGGGUUAAGGGCCUUGCUCAAGGGCCCAAAAGUGUCAACCCACAGUGGUGGGGCUUGAACCGGCAACCUCCUGAUUACUGGACCAGUACCUUAACCACUGGGCUACAGCUGCCCCUGGUCAUUCUCUGGUUUUGACUCUCUGGUUCUGGGUGUCCUCCAGGUACUUUGGUUAUUUUCCAACCCUAAUAAUCUUGCAGCAGGUGGAGCUAUUAUAUGCCCCUGGUUUUGAGUAAGUGUGAGACAAGCUGCAGUAGAUGUCACCAUGUCUAAGGGUGUGUAACUACCUUGCACCCAGUUUUUCAGGUAGACUCUGGACCCACUGACCCACAAAUUUGGUUAAGUGUUUACAGAAUGUACUUGACAAAGAAAUGUAAGUAAAAUGAAGAAUUUGCUACAAAAUGAUUUUAACGUCCAGACAAUUGAGCUAUAAAAGCCCUAACAUUUUGACAAUACCCAUGAUAUGGGGGCGGGGGUGUUUAAGGCAUUGAAAAUCCAUACUGUAUUUUUGUAUGACCCUACUGAAUGUUCAUGCUUGGAUUGUAUUAUCAACCAACAGAUUUAGAAGGCUAUUUUUUGCACUGUGUUAUUGUUGGGAACCAUCACACAUCACAAAGACUAGAAACCGUCUUUACACGAAGAUAAAUUACGGGUCAGAUUAAACACUUGCUUUAUGAAAACUUUAAAUGCUCAUUUUGUCUCUGUGCCUGUUUUAGAUAUUCUUUUACUGAAUCACACACAUUAAUUUCAGCCUUUUGUGUUUUUAAUAACCGUCUCUGUGGUGUGUGCUGGGUGGCUUUUUUUUUUCUCUGCAAGUGGCUGUUUAUAUGCUGUACUUUUAUUAUUUUAUGAUUAAUCUAAACUUGACAAUUAUUCAUGAAGAAAUCAUUCCUUACUAAAGAACAACUGAGUGCAGUCUAACACCAUGGUAGUGGUUUACAGUUAGGGAAUAUUCCAGUGUUUUAAUCAAAUUCUUAGCUACAACAUGUAUAGUGUAACGAGGAGGGGAAAAAACAAGAUCCUUUUCAGAUCAGUAUAUAACAAUGCCAGAACUACUUAUAAGCCUGGAAGCUGUGAUGAUAAUUGGAAUAAUUGGCUCAUCUCUCUAAAUAAAAGAAGACGAUGUAUCUCUUACACUCCUAGCAAUGAGCUCAUGUGUACGGAUGGGCAGUUGUUCCACCCAAGCACGUUCUUCCGCCCAAUGAUGUUGCAUGAGCUGCGGUUUAAAAAGAGGUAUUGAUUCUGUUCAUGUGUCACUGUAUGUGCUAGAAAUAAUAAAUAUUAAAAGUGCAGUAGUUGUGUCCUACAACACCCAAACAACUUUUCUUUUAUUUUUAAGUACAGAAAACCAUGUACAAAAAGACAUCUGUGGCAGAUGCUGUAAAUAAAGUAAACACUGGUAUAUUCCUUAAUAAUUACUGUAUGCAUUUGGCUAAGAGAGUCUGUGCAUUAAAUACAUGCCAUUUAAUUUCUUUACUCCCUUCGGCAAGAACUAAGACGUUUUUCAUUACACCUGAGGUUUGAAAGUUUAUAUGAAGAUCUAACAUUCAGAACAAUCAGAAUCUUGGUGCAUUCAUGUCUCCACCUAAUUAGUCUCUAAAAUGCUGCAGUGUGAUGAUCAGGCAUGUUUUUUCUCUAUUAAAAUCAUGUACAGUUAAAGACUGGGAUAGACCAAAUCACAAUUCAGCAUGAAGCAUAUAUUAAAUAUACAUUUUCAGCUUCUGUGUCACCCCUGUCAAGGCAUGAAUGACUUGCAUGGUUCCUAAACACUUGAACUGAAAUUUUAAAAAGAAAAAAAUAGAAAUGUUGUUUAGUUAAUUUUUAAAAUUAUUUUAUUUCUAGGGGUGCCAAUAAUUAAACGGUUUUGUUUAAAAGCUGUUCGCUUCUUCAGUUAAAGAUUAGAAUUUUCUCCUACUUUCAGUGAAAGCGAGCUAUUUAUCCACAAAUAUAUUUUUACCCUUCCCCAAGGGUGCCAGUAUAUUUAAAGUUAACUGUUUAUAACAAAUUGGCACACAUGCGUCGGUUGAUGUAGAUUAUGGUGGAGAUCAUGAUUGCACAUAACACCCUCUGAUUUUGAGCUUUAUGCUUAAGACAGUACUACUGAUGAGCCCAAUUAAAAAUCAAAGUUUCUGGUUGUUUUUGGCAGCCGUCUCCGUGACUCUUUACUCCGGUGUUUGAGGACCUGCCUGUGUGCUGCAGAACUCAGUUGUUGCUUAGCAACCAAUGUAAUUUAGUACAUUUAUGAACACUGUAUGUCUGAAUCAUUCAUGCUGUAAAUAAGAUUGAUCUCAUCUAUUGGAUUGUUCUGAGAGGAGGAUGUCUGGUACUUUUAAAGUUUCAAAUUAUAAUUAAAGUUUGCUUGUUUUUUAUGUUA